AAUAGCAGCAAGUUUGUUAAAUGCGGGAAAUCUGGUGAAGUCUGUUUUGAGCAGUUAUAAUUAUUCGAUUUUUACAAAAUUUUGCGAGUUUUGCAAUUUUAUUCUCGCUUUUUUAUAUAUUUAUUAUUGGUCGGAAGUGUUGUUUACAAAUAUGGCACAACAAUGCCCGGCCUCUAUAGAUGUGACUGACAUCCAAUUUAAACUACAAAGCAAGCAUAAAGUUUUCAGUGAAAAUCCUAAACUGCGCGAUAACGUUAACCUACUGGCCUGCUCUAGCAAUCAUGGUCUCCUAUUUGUUGGAAAUCCGAAUGCUCCUGAAUUGCAAGCCUUUAUUCUGUCGGAUGUUAUAUAUGCUAAACAAAAAGGAGAGCCUGUGCAUGUGCGGACCACAGAGUUACUUAAUAUACCAAACAUAAUUGCUUGCAAUGCAGAUGGAUCAAUGUUGGCGGUGAAUUAUACUCUACAAGGCUAUGGGGUUUUGGAUAUUUUCUAUGUGCCAUCAUUUGUCACUGCUGAGGUUCAAUUAUUGUACAGUAUACGUUUUCCGGAUCCAAACGUGUACGCUUUGCAUAUUUUAUGGAACCCAGUACUUGAAUCGGUAAUUGGUGUAGUUCUUAGUAAUGGCAAUUUCGAGCUAUACACACUUAAAGAUGGAGGCUCAGUGGAAAUGCGUUCAAUUAAAAACCAGCAAAUACAAUGCGGUUGCUGGUCGCCGAAGGGGAAGCAAAUCGUUUUUGGUCAUCCCAAUGGAAAGUUGCAGCAAUUUAAACCUGAUCUCACUCCCGUAAAAAGCAUCGUUUGUCCACCUGAUUUGCAUCCCGGACCAUUCGAUACCAUUGCGUUGCACUGGUUAUCCACUUUUCAAUUUGUAGUAAGUUUCUUGACACAUGGGGAGGAAGUAAUGCCGAAUAUGUAUAUCGUAAACGCGCCAAAAGGUGGAACUCCUGCCUAUAUAAAUUACAAUGACGUCUGCUACAGUGGAUCUGAAGGGAGAAAACAACAAAUAACAUUCCUCCAUAUUGUACCAUGGAGUUUGUUAUUAGUCAGAUCCGCAAAUGGUGUUGAAAUAGGUCUAUUAGGCGCUAAAGACAACGUUGAUCAGCCACAAUGGGUCCAUUAUAUGUUAUUAGAUGAAGCACGUAUUGAAAUGCCACUUACUGAAGCUAGCGAUGAGACUUACCCCAUUGGACUAGUAUUAGAUACAUCCGCAAACCAUGAGUUAACGGUGGGAGAAAGAAAAUUACAAACUAUGCCUGUCAUUCAUGUGCUUUCAACACAUGGUCAUUUGCUCUGCUUUAAUUUUUUAAAUCUGACUGCAAAUGCCGUGAAUAUUUGUUCACCACCAUCGGCAAUUGAUUACCCAUACGGUACAUUUAGUAUUUUAAAUGAAGGAAACUUAACGAAGGCGAAUACUCCUCAAAAUGUGGUGGAGGGGAGUCAAAACUUAAAGUUACCAUCAAUUGAGCCACUGCCACCUGCUCCAUUACUUAAUUUUAGCACACAACCACAGAUUAACGCUACCAAUCAGAAUACACCAACUUUUGGGGCACCAGGGAAUCAGAAUGUAUUUGGGGGUGGCUUUGAGCAAAAGCCGCCAAUUGUAAAGUUUGGAGUUCCCCCUUCUAAUAAUGAGACGCAAUCCAAUUUAUUAAGCAAACCUUUGGUGCAAACUGCUCCCAUGACUACUGUACAAAACACAUUAAAAACCACACAAAAUAACGAAGUUUUUAAGCCUUUAUAUACCGUGUCACCAGAAUUCUCACCACCAUCUAUUCAACGGCAACAGCAAUCACAUCAGGCAACUAAAGGUCCAACACAAUUUGACAGUGCAGCAAAAUCAAAAACACAACAGCUUAAUCUAAACGAAACCAACAGUGUUAUACAACAAAUGAUCGUAAUGCAAAUUACGGCAUUUGAAAAAGAAAUCAGGCAACUUGGCCAAAAAUCAAAACUCGCUCUAAAUGAUGAUCCGAGUGUCAUGAAGGGUUAUAGUAAACGUUUGAUAAAUCUACAAGAAAUCAUAGAACAAGCAAAUGAACGUGACUUUAUAAUGGAUGUUCAAGACCUUCGACAUUCACUUACGGAAUCAUAUGAAAUGCUAAACGAGUGCCGAACUAAACUGGAAAUGUAUAAAAAUCCCGACGAACCCGGUGUUAAGUAUUUGUCUUUAUAUGACUGCGUUAGUCAACGCCAAUUGAAGAACCUCCAAGGCUAUCUUGCCAUUAAUCAAAGUAUAAUGAAACGUCUUGAAGAACAAAUGGAUAUACAUUGGAGUUAUUAUCAGGAUUUGGUAAGGCGCAAUUCGAAAUCUCAAAUGCGUGUACCGUGCUUGGAUGGCAUCUACCAACAAAUGACCAAAUUAAAAAAUUUGAUAACACAGCAACAGACAAAAUUGCAUUAUAUUAAAUCCAUUAUCAAACAAAAAGACUUGGCGGGUAGUAGCAGAUUAAGUAAUGAAUUGCGUAAAGAAGCUGCACAAGGGAUGAAAUCAGAUAUUGGCAUUGUGUCCUUAGCAGAUUCUAUACUUUCGAUGAGCAUACACAAUAUUACAGACGCAAAGAGUAACAAAUUAUCCGAAAGCAAAUUAAAUGCUCUACGUAAUUUCACAAAUCAAAAAGGAAAGAUAACAAUAAUUAAACCUCGGCGCCCAAAUCGUGUUGAACUGACAUCAGAGGUUAUUUUGGAAUCAAAGCAGCUAAUCAAAAUAAAAGAGUCGAAAGAUAAGCAAACCAAAGCGAUCAAAGCAGCUGAAAAGGUGAAUGAAAAAAUGAAAGAGGAGAAGUCUGCUACUUCAUUCAAACCAAUGCAACCGCAAUCUAAACAAGCUUUUGAGUCAAAGUUACAGCUUACAAAAACUCCUUCGUCAGUCGGACCUUUUGUCAAUCCACAAAGUUCCGCACCAACCUUUGCGCCACCAAAAGAUUCUAAUUUAGCACAGCCAACACAACAAACAGGUGCUCCGUUUUCAGCUCUCAAUUUUACAGGUAGCAAUUUGUUUGCCAAAAAUGAACCAGUCAAUAAUGAAAAUUCGCCGGAAUUAUCAACAUUUGCAGCAAAUACUAAUACUUUCAAAAUCGGCGUUACUGAGAACAAACCAAAUGCUGGUGUAGCACCUAACAAAAAUCUGUUCUCAAAGUCAGAUUCAACAUCCAACUUUUCCUUUACACCAAAGGGUGAAGCGGCAGAUGCCACCAAGCCUUUUAACAUUGCCUCUAAGGGAUUUACAGGGUUCGGGCAGCAACCGCUGGCGAGUGCAAACCCAGGUACUCUAUUCAACAAAGCAAGUAACCCAGCUGAUUCAAAUACUACCAAUCAACCGAACAACGCGCCGAAAUCGUUCAGUUUUGGUGGCACUUUUAGUACUCUCACCGAUACAAAUAGUGGUUCAAAAACUAGCGCAACGCAAAACCCACCAAAAUUACCAACCACCACAACAACAACAUUAUUUGGCGGCGUAAUGGCGCAACCCACAAUUUUUAAUAAGCAAAAUGAGAAUCAAACUAUUGCUGCUCCGCAACUCUCGUUUUCAAGUGCAAAUCCACCCAUUUUGGAGAAAAGCUCCACUGAUGCUACACAAACGAAAAGUGGUGAAGCCGUUGCUCUAACGAAGAAUGUGGCUACAUCAGACCAGAUUGCUGCAGCCAGCAGUGACGCAACACAAAUCCAAAGCAAUGCAGAUGAUAUGUUGUUAAAAUCGUUAAAUAUCUGUAAGCCCACUGCAAAAGAAGCUGUGAAGCCAAAAGAGGGCAACAUAUUUGCUUUUAACUCAAAUACUGAGAAUAUUCCACAAAGCGCUUUUCAACCCAUGUUCGACACUUCAACAUCGUCGCCACUUGUCAAAGUGAAUACCACAACAACAGCAACGACCGCGUCGUCAACACCAGCGAUUUUUGGCAGAAGUGGAGCAAUAGCAGAAUCGUCGUUUUCACCCUUUAGCGGCACCGGCACAAAUAUAUCCACAUUUGGUAGUGUUACUAGUAGCGGUUUUACGUCCAACACAACCCCUACUGUAUCUACGCCAGCGACCAGCGCUGUUGGUAGUACUGGCGCAUCUGCGUUUUCAUUUAGCAACUCGGCAGCAUUCAAACAGUUGCCCACUUUUCAAAAUCAAACAUCUUCAAUAACUUCGACUCCUUCGGCCACCUUAUCCGUAGGUACACCCACACCCCCAGUAAGUACGUCAGCAGCAGUUAACACAACACUUGUAGCUACUGCCUUAACCGUAACUCCCACAACAACUGCCGUGACAGUUGCUGCCUCUACAACACUAACACCAACAGCUGCUGCUACAACACCAAUAACAACAAUUGUUGCUACAACACCAUCAUCAAUAGCUGUUGCUACAACACCAACAGCUACUGUUGCAACAGCAGCCAAAUCAACCACGAUUGCCCAGUCCACAGAUGGCUCUACAGUCCCUGCAAGCGCCUCAACAAGCCCAUUCUUUUCAGCUUUUGUCGCGGCUAAAGCACCUGGCGAUUCUUUGUUCAGUAAAUUAGAGCAACAAACUCAAGUGGCAAAUCCCGUUAACUUGGUUGCUAAAACCGAGAAUGCCACUCAACCAGCAGCAACUAAUUUAUCGCUAUUUGGAGGCAUGUCUUUGGGUAGUCAACCCUCGGAAAGUGGUGGCAGUAUAUUUGGCAACGCUAGCAGUGGAUUUGGUGCUACCGGCGGUGGCAUAUUUGGUGGUGCAGCUACUGCAACCACACCAAUCAGCCCACAAGGCAUUACCAGCAGCAAUACAUCUACUGGUUCCAUAUUUGGUAACAGUGCCGCCAAAAGUGGUGAUACUUCAUCCACAUCAAUUUUCGGUGGUAAUAAUGCCACCAAACCAACUGAAAAUACUGCAGGAUCGAUAUUUGGAAAUGCAGUCGCUAAAAGCGCCGAAAAUACCAGUGGAUCCAUAUUUGGAGGUGGUGCUGCUAAGAGUCCGGAGAACGUCAACGUUUUUGGUUCGCCAACAUCAGCUGGUACGGCUGUAAGCAGUGGUUCGAUUUUCGGUCAAAGUGCUUUGGGACAAUCGACUGGCAGCAUCUUUGCUUCGGCCGCCAACAAACCGGAUUCCACAUCUACCGCAUCAGGUUUUAGCUUUGUUGGCUCAGCUUUUGGCAACGCGACUAAGAAUAACUCUGCAUCAGGAGGUUCCCUUUUUGGUGGCGCUGCUGCUUCGCCCGACUCACAGCAGCAGCAACAAUCAAACAUUUUUGGAUCACCAACAGGGGGUUUUGGAGCGACAGCCACUUCACCAUUUAGUUCAUUUUCACAAGGAGGUACAGCAGUGGCAAGCCCUAGUUUCGGAUCGCCCACGCAACAACCACAAACGGGAGCCUUUUCACGUCCUGUGUUCGGUGGCGCCCCAACUUUCGGUAGUCCUCCUGUGUUUGGCGCCCAAUCUACCUUUGGCGCUGCACCGUCUUUCGGAAGUCCCAAAGGAUUCGGGACAUUUGCUACACCCACAACCACCUCUUUUGGCGCACCCACGACGCAGAGUAGUAAUAUUUUUGAAGCCUUAGGCUCCACAGACACAGGAUUAUCUUUUGGCAAUUUGGCACAAACCACGAAAACUCCAGCUAACGCGCCGAAACCCAUGUUCGGAGGCUCCUCAUUCAUGAACUACCGAGCAUAAGCACGAAAUUGAAAUUUAAACGAUGCAUUUGAAGUUUGUCACCCUUGACGAAGACAUUGGUGAAAUUACAAAAUUGGAUAAGAAAAAUAUUUUACCGACAAAACUAAUAAAAAAUCUUGAAAUUAUUCUAUGCAAAAUAUAUUAAUUACGAAAAUCAAAAAAGAUCAUUUUAAAACUCAA